AUGGGGGAGCCUGAUGUUCAGUUCAUCUUGGCGGCUUUCGCCGUCGACGACGCUUUCUCACCGCACAUUGCCGAACCUCACGUCCGGAACUCAGCUGCCGCAUGGGGAGCGCAUGUUGAUUUCACGGUCAAUGCGGACAACACGCAGCUAUGCUGCUGUCUGUCGCUCAGUGUUGCAGCCCUAUUGAAGGCGCACCCGCAUUCAGAAACCAAAUGGGCCUUUGAGCAAUCCUGGUCCGUUGCCCGAGAUGGGGCGCCCUUUGCAAGCCAACCUUCUGACCCAAUCCUGGCAACAAGCAUCUUUCCACCAAGAUGCAUGGCCGUUGAGGCAUUUUAG